AUGCAGUAUCCUUACGAGCAUCAGCAAGAAAUGCGAACGUUCGAUCAAGAGCAGUCAAUGAUUGUCGACGAUAUCUAUGAUGAUUCCUCACAGUCCAGAACGGUGAUGAUAACACAGGCAUUCGGAAACGGCUUUUUCGCUACGUUGUUCUUUCUACUAUUCCUUUACUUUCUGGCACGGUUGGUUAAUCCGGUUCAUUCAUUUCAUGUUAUAUGA